AUGGCUAACCUGCAGCAGGAAUACCCUGGAGUCCUUCUGGUCAUUCUGGAGGAACUGGCCCAUAUGCGCCAGUGGUUAACUUUCCAGGACCUUUGUCGUAUGGUCAGCACCCGCUUCGACCUAGACCAUCUUAUCGAGCUCAGGAGUUUGCUGUUUGCAGCUGCCAGCAGGGAUCCCUGUUUUCCUGCUACCUUAUUCAGGGAUCGGGUCUCCACCAGAGGCCAGGGGCUUUCACCCAUAGGGGUCGCUGCAGACAUAGUAACUAUCUUCAGUCUUAUUCAGAUGACGGGUGGGGUUUCUGAUGACCGUGCAAUGGGAACCCAGACAGUCCUGCCUGUUGACCAGUCCCCCGGCCCCAUUCUGCCUGGGAUCCACCCCCUGAACAUUUCUGGUCGAGAGCGAGCACGUGCCAACUCUGACUCCAGUGGAAGGUCUAUCGACCAGCACUUGCUUUUUCCUAAAUCAAAUUACUCAACUCGCAAGAGAGCAAGUCUUCCCCCAGAUCCCAUUUCAUUUGUGCCCUCCCCUCCUGUCAGGACAAGAGCUGUGUCUUUUGACUUACCUCACACUACACACUCAUACUCCAUUAGUCCAAACCUUGAUGAGGUUAUGAAAAAUAUCUACCUGCCAUUGGAGACAGACAGUGAGUCUAGUGGAGAUUCUGCUACAAUGGAGGUGUUUGAAGCUGAACCAGGAUCAGCAGUUGAUCAGAAGAGAAAUGUUUUUAAGAAGGACUUCCAUAACCAGCCACCUCUAAUACCACAGGUGACUGUCAGCAGUGAGUCUCCUAGUCCCAAAACAGGGCAUAUUGGCUUCGACAAUCGCAGCUUUGAAGUAAUCCCCAAUCCUUAUCCAUCGCCUACAGCAAUUCACCUCUCACCAGAGCAGCGGGUUAAAGCUAAACACGAGAGCAUCGAUGAUCUGCAAGACUCAACUUAUUUUGGGCCAGGCUCAGUCCCGGAUCCUUCUCCACGGCACCUUCGACCACCCAGGGCAAAAAGACCCCUCUGGAACAAUAAGAGUCACAGUCUAGAGGACCGGAUAUGUGUGGACAGCAUUGAUAUGGGGAUAGAAUCCCAAACAGGACAACUUCCAAGGCAAUCUACCCCCGCUAUCAGCAGUUUGGGGGGAGAGAGUGCAGAUUGUGGAACUCCAAAUGGACGUGAAAGAAGGAAGGCUCAAGGAACACAAACUGACCCACCAGACCACCGGAGACUUCGUAGCCUGGUUCACGCUGAUCGCUUCUCCUUCAUGACCUCAUUAGACGACCCUGAGUUUUGUGAGGAUGACAUCAGUGCAAUAUUUCAUUUCUUAGAUGAUAUAAGCAUGUGUGGAUCUACGGGAGUUCUGCACCCCAUCGACGGUAACCUUAGCCAGGACACUCCUGAGGCUCGACGUGGUCGCCUGGGUCAACUCCAAAGACUCUUUCAUUCCCUGGAAAGCAGUGAUGAUGGGCUAAAAGCCAGUGUCUGUAAGCUGUUGCUUCGUAUGAGUCAGAUAGAAAGACAACUAGAGUCACUGAAUGAUGUGAAGGCUGAGAUUUCUCAGGUACUCUCUGCUUUGCAGCGACUGGACGAAAAGAUCCAGCAACCCAUUGUUGAUGGUGGACAGGGCACUGGUGGCAGAUGGCUUGAGCCUCUCAGUGGUGUCUCCUCUUUUAUGAGCCACCCUAUAACUCCCUCUGAUUCAUCAGAACCUCAGCCUCUGUCUGCAACUGGACACUUGUUUCCUGGGACAAGCACAAGUAGUCUGGACUGGAGCCGAUGGAACACCACUGGAGAUCAGACGGAAACCAGCAAAGGUCAGGUAGACUCCAAAGGAGCAAAAGAAGGAAAUAAGGAUGCAUCAUCUCAUCGAGCCUCCAAAACACAGCUUGAAGAAAAAAAUCUGUCUGACACCAAAAAGAUAAAUAACUCUAACUCUGCAAGAGACUGGACUGUGGCAUUCUCCAAAAGUAAGGAUGGGAAAGCAUCACAAAGGAAAAUUGUACAGGCAGAUCAAACAGACAGUACCACUAACCUACUCUCCCAGAAACCAGCCAGUAUGAUGGAACAAGUGUUAAACUCUUCACUGUUUCGACACAAAGACAACAGUCUGACAGGGGAUCUUGGCUCUGGGAAGGCCCUUGACCCCAGACUGGCUGAGAGAAGAGGGAGACCCAUAUGGACCGUAGACGACAGGGAGGCACGAAUCUCCCCUUUGGACUUACAGGGUCAGGAGUCUCUGAACCCCAACAACACAGAGUUCUGGAUGGACGACAUUUACACUCCGGGCUACGACGCCCUUCUAAGGAGAAAAGAGGCUAACCGUCGUCGACUCAAGAUCUGCAAACUGCUUGCACUUGUUGCCACUGCAGUGGCAAUCAUCCUCAUUAUUGUCAUUCCCAUUUGCACGAUACAUUCAUGAAUAUGCACAGGGGGAAAAAAAUCACUUAAAAGAUACCAAACUUUUGCACUCAUUUUAAUUGUUUAGGUGUAUUUAUCAGCAGCUAUUUGUUGUAUCUUGUAAAU